AAAAUUUCGCUUUGAUGCACUUUUAGGUAGAGUCAUCAUUAUAUUUUUUCUUUCCUGGUCUGCAUAAUACACAUUCGACCUACAUUUCUUGUGCCUUCCCGUGGAUCUUCUCGAUCUUUAUCAUCCAGUCCGGCAACAUGGCGCCUCAAGAGGAAAAGAAGGUGGAAAAGGUCAACCCAAUGAAGGAAAUCAGAAUCCAGAAGCUGUGUAUCAAUAUUUGUGUUGGCGAAAGUGGUGACAGACUUGUACGUGCUGGCAAAGUAUUGGAAGCCUUGACUGGACAAACUCCAGUAUUUUCCAAAGCCCGUUACACUGUAAGAUCUUUCGGCAUUCGACGUAAUGAAAAAAUUGCUGUACAUUGCACUGUACGAGGUCCUAAAGCAGAAGAAAUUUUGGAAAAGGGUUUAAAAGUAAAAGAGUAUGAAUUGAGAAGACGCAAUUUCUCAGCAACUGGAAAUUUUGGAUUUGGAAUUCAAGAACACAUUGAUCUUGGAAUAAAAUACGAUCCCAGCAUUGGUAUUUACGGUAUGGACUUCUAUAUUGUCUUGGCCAGGCCCGGAUACAGUAUUGCAUACAGAAGACGCAAGAAGUCAAAAGUUGGGUUCAAACACAAAAUUACCAAGGCUGAUUCCAUGAAAUGGUUUCAACAGAAAUAUGAUGGUAUCCUGCUUAACAAAUAAAUUUCUUCGGAAGCACAGAAUAAAUACAUUUCGAAUGUUA